AUGAGUCCAUAUUUAUCUAUGAAAUGGGACAAGUCACUUGUAGAAAAGGCAGAUCUCGAUGUCACAAAACCAUCAGAGCUAAAGUUUUCUCCAAGCUCUUUUUCGUGGUCGACUGUGUCUGUUGCAAAGGUCGGGGACAGACGUGGACUGAAGGGUGACGAAUGGUUUGCUGGUGCUGCACAAUCUCUAGGUGCAGGAGCCAUUCUAGUGAACCCGUGGAACAUCACUGAAGUUGCUAAUGCUAUUGGCCAAGCUUUGGAUAUGGAACCUGAGAAAAGAGAGAAGCGACAUAAUCACAACUGUUUGCAUGUGACUACAAACACUGCACAAGAAUGGGCGGAGACUUUUGUGAGGUGUUUUUCAAGAAACUCCAUUGAAGAUAGCUGGAGGUUUCUGUGCAAGCUCCUGGUUCAAGCCGUAGUUGCUGAAGGAGUUCAGCUGGGUCUUGAAGGUGUAGAUCUGAAGGUUUUCAGAUUUGAGAAAGUAAUGGAGAUGUUCAGAGAAGGAGGUUCUACAUCUCGACCCCCAAUGCUUGAAGGGGCAAAUUAUCCUUACUGGAAGACCAAAAUGCGUGCAUUCUUGAAAGCUGUAGAUGAACGAGUGUGGAUGGUUGUUGAAGAUGGAUGGAAGUGUCCAACGAUUGUUGAAAAUGAGGUUGCUAAGCCUAAACAAAUGAGUCUGUGGACUGCAGAAGAGAUAGAAAGGGCCAAUUUUAAUUCAAAGGCUAUGCAUGCUCUCUUCAAUGCUGUUUCUCCAAAUCAGCUGAAAGUCAUAGCAAAUUGCGAAAUUGCCAAAGAAGCUUGGGAGAAACUGAGAAUAAAGAAUGAAGGAACUGAUGCUGUAAAGAAAUCCAGACUAAGGGCUUUGGCAAAAUCAUUUGAAAAUCUGUCUAUGGAAGAAGAAGAAACUGUAGCGGAGUUCCAUGCCAAAUUGUGUGAUAUCUCAAAUGAAUCAUAUGCACUUGGAAAGACUUAUUCGAAUGCAAAACUGGUUCGCAAGGUUCUUGGUGUUUUGCCUCGGAAGUUCAUGUCAAAGGUUACAUCUAUUGAAGAAAUGAGAAAUGUCGAGGAACUUGAUCUUGAUGAGUUAAUUGGGUCCUUGCAGAACUAUGAACUGAGUCUCACACGAUGGAAGAAAGGCAAAAAGCAGAAAGAUUCUGAAAAAGAAAAAGUUGAUAAUAGUCUUGCAUUUGUGCAUAAAGAGGAAAAGAAGUUGAUCUCAGGUGCAUCUGAGGGGUUCACUGAUGAAACCUUAGCACUGCUGACCCAGAACUAUGCUAAGUUCUUGAAGAAGAAUUACAAGAAAAACUUUCCAGGAGGAAAAGAGAAUGGUCUCCGAAGAAACUUUGGUGGAAACAAUAAGCAAACUCAGCAAUUUGGCGACAAGAAAAACAGGGGAAUACGGUGUCGUGAAUGUGACGGAUUUGGACAUAUUCAAGCUGAGUGUGCCAACACUCUUAAGAAAAAGAAAGCCUUAGCAGCUACAUGGAGUGAUAGUGAUGAAGAGAAGAGCUCCACCUCAAGUGACAAGUCUGAUGAAGAGAAACAAGUGGUGGCUUUUGUGGCAAAGAGUCAUCAAUCAAUGUGUUCAGAGGAAGACGAAAACUCAAGCUCAACAGAUGAGGACAGCGAUGGGAGACAGCAUGCAUAUGAGGAAAUGUUCGCUCAAUGGGAGUAUAUGGCUAAACAAAUCAAAGGUCUCACUAGUGCAAAACAACAACUUGAAUCUGAGAAGGAGGAGUUGGAGGACACUGUUAAGAAGCUCACAAAACAGCUUGAUGGGAAGGACAGUGAGAUCUACAAACUGACUGCAGAAUUAAUAAGGGCUAAACAAUCUCUUGAGUUUAUCCCUCCAGGAACUGCUGCAAUUAACCACACCCUGCAGUUACAAAAACCUUAUGGAGAUCGCACAUCCAUUGGUUACAAAAUGCUUUACAAGAAAGGGGAGAAUUUAGGAAUUAAAGAUCCCUCUUCGUCCAAGAACAAGGAAGACAAGACUCCUGAUGACUCUGUGCACAAUACUCUCUGUCCUGGUUUCCCAGAUUCCACUAAUCGGAUCAGUGUCUCAUCUGGACCCACCAAGUUGAAUUUCGAAGGAAGGAAGCCUAUCCUGAAUGGUCAGAUUCAACAAGAAAGGUUUGUUCCUGUUUGUCAUUUUUGUAACAAAAGAGGACAUAUUAGACCCAGAUGCUACAAGUUGCAAGCAUAUUUGCAAGCUAUGAUCGAUCGUCCGAAUAGCUUUCCGCAAUUGAAUCGAUUUCUAGGAAGGUUGUCAUCUAGUGAGUGGAGACCCAAGUCUGAUCUUAACAAGAGUGUUUCAUUAGUUGCCCACACCUCUCUUUCAGCGUUUCAAGAGGACCAAUGGUACUUCGACAGUGGAUGUUCUCGCCAUAUGACCGGCAAUAGAAAUGUGUUGGUAAACUAUAAAAAAGGAAAGGAGGGAGCUGUGACUUUUGGUGAUGGGAACAAGGGUCGGAUUUUUGGAAAAGGUGAUCUGGUGCUAAACGGAGUCGCUCCAUUGACUGAGGUGUUGUAUGUCAAAGGGCUGAAGGCAAAUCUUAUCAGCAUCAGCCAACUCUGUGACAUGGACUUCACUGUAAGUUUCUCUAAAACUCACUGUUUUGUUGUCACUAAUGGGUGCUCAGUUUUGACAGGCAAUAGAACCAAUGACAACUGCUAUGCACUCAGCAAUCAAGUCGUAUGCAACAGAUCUUUCCUUGAUAAGCCAGACCUGUGGCACUAUAGACUGGGGCAUUUGAAUUUUAGAGACUUGAAACGUAUUGUGAAAUUACAAGCUGUUCGCGGGAUCCCAUAG